AUGUUCGAAAUAUCAACGGCUGCUCAAUACGAUACAAGUAGUAAUCGUAACGCUCAUAGUGCUCGUAAUAAUCGUAGUUCUCGUAGUAAUCAUAAUAAUCCUCAUGUAAUGAGAAAUAGAAAAAAGAAUAAUGUUAAAGUCGAAUCCGUGCCUUAUCACAGACCAUCACAACCACCGGUAACAACAUCACCUAUCACGACUAUUUCUCCUAUUGUUCUUAAUACACCGACCAUGUCUAUUCCUACGACGACAAUACCUAAUAUUUCAAUUAAUUCAUCGACAACUGCAACUACAUCUAUAUCUUCAACUCGCGAAAAACCAUGUCCAAAAUGUAAAGAAUCCACAAAUUACAUGAAAGUACUCAAUAAACGAGUUGGAAAAUUAGAAGACUUGGUUAAAAAUUUAAAAAAUGUUACUACACAGAAUAAUAUCAAGAGAGAAGAAUUAAAUAAUGCAAGUUUAUCAAAGAAUGAACGACAUUCUAAAAUUGAAGCAAUUGACUAUUCAAAAAUGAGUCUUGAAAACCUUCAAACUUACGUAAUCAAUUUGAAGAAUAUUAGUAGCAAUCUUGUUUUAAAUAAUUGA